AUGCGCCCCUUGAUGGACGCGCAGGACGCAGCAACAGGGGGCAAUGGCUGCCCACAGGUGCCCCUCUCUGCCGAGUCUGCAGCAUUCCAGGUGGAGGCGCCGCCAAUUCGCCCGCGGGACCGAGUCCCACCGCUGGAUGGCUCUGAGGGGAAAUGCUUGCCCAGGGGGACAGUGGUCCUUAAGGGUGGGUGGGGCGGUUGCAGGGUGCCUGGCGAAUGCGCUCCUCUUGCCUCUGUAGCCAAGGCCUCUGCCUCGCUGGCCGGCCCCCUGGCCCCCCUGAACCGCCGCAAGGCGCAGAACCCGCCCACACUGACCAUGGUGAUGGAGGUGGUGAAGACCCUGAAUGAGCGCAAGGGGGUCUCUGUCGUGGCCAUAAAGCGUGUUACGGAAAUUACGGGGGGGGGGGCAUCUUUAAAGUUAAAUAUUACAAAUAUUAUGCCUGAAUAUAUCUGUCAAGGCUGCCUCAAGUCUUAGCUCACAAAAGACCAACGCCUACGUCUUCUUGAAUACACAGGUGUUUAUUGCAGUUCAUGGUUUGCUUGACAUCUUAGGCGCGCAGCCUUACGUCUCUUACGCUAGACCGCCGAAGUCCCGUCUGAGUCAGUCCCUCCUCUGCACCAAUUUAAGAGACUUGCGCUGCUCCACCUCUUUCUCUCCUUCCUUUUCCGCAGGGUCUUUCUGCCCCCUGGGGUUUGCCCCUUACUGGAUUCCUCUGACGCGGAAUCAGACUGCUGCUCCCCCUCCUGCGGGCUUUGGGACCUGGCCCCUCCUCCGGGCUCCCUGCACUUCCGCGCGCCUCUACAUUUGAACUAGGCGCGCGCGCCAAACCUCUAACUUUCCUUUUGACAGUUACACUGCUCCCUUCACUGCUCCCUCCCCUUCCGGGAGGGCUGCUUGCUCUGACCCCCCUCCUCUCUCUGCUGCUGGAGCUCCUUCCUCUGACACACUGGAAACUCCACCCCCUUCGCUGCACUUUGGUGGGGAGGCUGGUCCUGACGCCCAGCUGCCACUUUGGGAUCCUCCGCUGGCACCCUGCUCCUGACAUUUCCCCUGGGGCUCCCUGGCCCUGACCACCGGCGCCCCUUCUGGGAAUCCUCUGAUUCGCUGGAAAGACUCAUGGAAUCCCUUGAGUCAUUGUCGUCCUCUUCCUCGCUGGCUUGGAAUUCCUCCCCUUCGCUCUCCAUCUCCUGCCUACCCUGUGCCUCUCUCUCUGAACCCCUGACAAUAUCCUUCCAACUUGACAGCUCAGGGAAGUCACCUAGCUUUAAAAAUAAUAUACAGUAAAAUCAUCUCCUUUCCCAGUUCCCCCCAUUCCAAAGUUAUUUUCCCCUUGCAAAAGGACUCCAGGAAGUUCUCAAAGGUGACAACUGCUGGGCUCAUUGUUAGCCAAAGGAAGGCAAAUCUCAUCACCUGACUCGCCUCAGGCUCCAGACAUGCAAAGGAACUUCUAUUGUACUUUUGGGUGGUGGGUACUUAAGACAUAUUUGUCUAUGCUAAUCUUAUACCUGAGUCUUGCCCUCUCAUCUCUGCUUAUGCUAAUCUUGUACCAAGGACUUGUCUGGACAUGUUUGCCAAGGUUAAGCCCUCCCCUUCGAACUGUAUUCUGGGAUGUGGUGGGAAAGUUUUAAAAGUCUUUGUCACCCCAUCCUCGGGGUUCAAAUUUGCUUUUGAACCUAUUGCGCAAUCAACUUUGGUCUACAGCUAUUUGCUGCGGUUGGCUGGACUCCUUCCUUUAUUCUGCAGGGUCCCGCGGGCUCUGCCCGGCCAGCUGGGGGACGGAGCAGCCUUGCACCUCGAUUUUCCCCUAACAAGCGCUGCAUCCUGGGCACCUACCCCGGCGUGGAGCCCAUCCGCCUGAAGUACAGCCUGAAGGUGGCCCUGGCCAGAGGCCUGGAAAGGGGCUGGCUCAUCCGGCCACAAAACUCUUCCGCCCUGGGGGCCACAGGGAGAUUCAAGGUGAGGCGAAGGGGCUGGAGGGGUGGUAUCUGGUGAGGGACAUGUCCUGCUCCUUCUGAGCCCCCCCCCCCCUGCACUCAGCUCCCGCCUUUUAGAAGCUGCCAGCAGGCGACAGCGGCCACAAUCCCAGGAUGGCUUCGACUGGCCAGCUGAACCAGCUGAUGGGAGCUGAGGGAUCUCUGACCCUCAGUGAGUUUGGGGCUUCCCUUGCAUGUGAAGACAGGCUCCUGCUAGCUAGGGAUGAUGGGAGUUGUAGUCCAACAGCAGGAGACCCAGGUUUGGGAAACACAGAUUUAGAGCCAAACAUCUCUGUGGAAUCUGCCCUGAGAGCUCAGAAAGACCAGAACUCCUGGGGAGAGGGAGCCUUUUCUCUCCCUGCUCUUAAAUGUCCUUUCUUGUGUCCCAAUGCCUCCAGCUGGGCCCAGCGUAUGCCAGGGGGAAGAAGAGCCCGGAAAAGCAUUCGGAUUCGGAUGGGAAAACAGCGCCCACACCGAAGGAAGCGGCCAAGGUUCCUGUGGAGAAAGCGAGGCUGGGAGGUAAGGAGGAAGGGCCACAACCACCCCUGGCUCUGUGGUUGCAGGGGGGCUGGAGGCAAUGGUUGGGGUUCAUCGGUCCUGCUUGUGGGGCAGCUGGUAGACCAGUGACCCUUUGGCUCCCCCCAGCAGCCAGACUCCUCUUAAGCAGGUCUGUUGGGAUAGCAGCACCUCCAGGGCCAGGGCAGUCUACCCCUGAAUGGCAAACCAGUGGCAGGGCUCUUGCACUCACAUGGUUGGCCCUGGGAGAACAGGAGGCUGUACUAGAUGGGCUCUUUUUAUGUUCCUAUGCUGAAAAAUGUGUGGUCUUUACUUCCUUUCUGGAACAAGGAAUCCUGCACUGCUUUUGUACAGUGGAGGCAGUCCACCUCCACAACCCUAUAUUGUGUGAGGAUGGAGGGGGCAGGUCUGAUCCAGCAGCCAGCUUCUUCAGAGGCCCUCAUGGAGCCUCCAGGUCCAGAGGCAGUCUAUCUAGAUUCCUGGGUCCUGAGGGGCAUUGGUCUGCUGUGAGGACAGGAGGCUGGACUGGACUUUGGGCCUGGUCUUGCAGCUGCAGGGCUCUUUUUCCAGGUCUUCCCUGAAGACGGCUGGGAAAGCGGCGCCAGGCUGGUGGGUCGCAAUCCUGCUUCAGGGCGCCUGAGCUGGGUCAGCAGGUGGGUCUCCUGCCCUGAGGAGAGUCCAAAAGCAGCAGCAGCCGUGUUUCUGGGAGGAGCAAGGGCGGCAAACAAGGUCAAAGCUUGGCUCUCCUUCUGGAUGACCAUCUCUCUCUCUCUCUCUCUCUCUCUCUCUCUCUCUCUCUCUCUCCUUGGCUCGGCCAGCCUUUCCGCUCUGGCCACAGACCCCUUGCUUAAGAGGCUGGGCCCCCACCCUGGGCUCCCCCUGCUCAGCUGUGACUUCUGGGGUGUUUUUGCUCCCUCUCCAGCAAUCGCAGAAGGGGAGAAGGAGGAGGCGGGUCCCAGCACAAGUACCAAGGCGAAAGCUAUCAAGGUAAGUCCUGGGUGUCAUUAUUGUUGUUGUUGUUGUUUAUUACUACUGCACCACCCUUCACCUGCAGAACUCAGGGCGGUUUGUCUUCUUUGCUGGGGGCUGCCGCCCCACAGUGCUGAGCUCUGGCCUCUUCUUGUCACCAGCCAACCAGGCAGUGGGGCAGAAGGGGCUGGAGUGGGGGUCACUAAUCCAGCUGAGAACGAGGAAGCCCUUUCUGUCUGGAAUGGGGUCCCUGAGAAGAUGGGGGGCUCUCCUUCCUUGGAGGUUUCUAAGCAGAGCUUGGGCGGGCAUCUGUCAGGGAUGCUUUAUCUGAGAGUCCUGCAUUGCAGGGGCUGGGCUGGAUGACCUCUGGGGACCCCUCCCAACUCUGGUUCUCUAACAGCUGGGCCUCAAAGCCUGCUGAGGUCUUAACUCUCUGCCUCCGCCCCUCCAAGCUGAACCUCUCUCUGCAAGCUCCUUCACACUUUCCUCCAGGGGCUUCCUCUGUCUCCCCACUUAUCUCUGAUUGUUUUUCUUUGCCCUCCUCUGAAUUUCUUCCAAAUUUCUUCCAAAGAGCAGCAUCCAGAACUGGCCUCAGGCCGCCAAGAUGCUGCCAUGGAGCUGCCUCCCUCCUGCACAGUCCAGGUCCCCUUUCAGUCAGAAGGCUUUCCGUCCCGGGGGCCGCACGCCCAUCUGCACAACCUUCCAGGGGCCAGUGGUGGAGGCGAAUGAGUGGCAAAUGUCAGGGCUGCCUUUGGUUAGCAGGUGACGCACACUCACCCCUCCUCGAAAUGAGAGGCAAUUGUCCAAGGGCAAAAGCACUGGCAGAGCCUUUUGAGGGCCAGGCAGUAAGUCAUGGAGGGCCGCAUCUGGUCCUUGAGAGUGUACCCCAUCCCUGGCCUGAAGGAACAAGUGUUUGCAUUUGGAUCUCAGUUUAGCUUGCACCCAAGGAAGUGGGGAACUCCUUCAUUGCUUCUCCAUAGUGUAGUUGGAAGGGGACCCCCAGGGUCAUCCAGUCCACCCCCCUGCAAUGCAGGAAUCUUUGGCUCCGAGAUUCAGAGCCUCAAGGGCCACUGUGGUGACUUGUGUGCAGCAAUAAGGCUGCUGGCACAUUUGCAGAGCUAAGCAGGGUCCAGCAUGGCUUCAAACUGGCAGGGCUGGGUGGCCCUCAGGGUCUCUUCCAACUCUGCCAGUUGAGCCCCUUCUCCUCUCUCUCCUACCUCGCAGGAUCCAGGCAAACCUCCAGCGAAGCCCAAGGCAUGGAAGGAAAGCAAGACGGGGGGCCGAGGAUGA